CCACCCCCCCCUCAAAGUAUUCAUAACAGAAGUGGUCGUAAGUGGACAAAAGAGACGGAUUUAAAUACCAGGUGUAAACGUAAUGUGUCUUUCUCUUCCACAUGUGAUCUGAUCGAUGAAAACACAUCUUAAUACCAAGUGUAAACAGCCCCUAUUUCAUCAAUGAUUAUUCCUCUCGCAACCACCUCGUUUGCUCUUUCCACCCUAUACAAAAAAUCAUGGUCGCGUUAUUCAUUCAGGAUGCAGAGAGAAACAUGACCGACAACAUCCCUUACCCCCCAGACAGCAAGCCUCUACAUUUGCCAUGGAUAUAAUUUUGACUAUGUGACGGUGUGUGAGAGAAUCAAACCCCAUCCCCACUAACGAAACACAAAAUAUGUAUACUAAUAAAAUAAAACAAAAAGUAGAAGUAAAAAGAGAAAAAAUAAAGAAAAAACCCAAAAAGAGCAAAUACACGCGCUCACAAUCAAGAAGCCCUCACACACAUCACAAACGCCCACGCAUGCGCACGAGAGAGAGAGAGAGAAAGAAGAGAGAGUUCAGGAAGUGAGAUGAGAUGUGUUGUGGUUUCAGCAGAUAAAUCAGACAAACUUCUGCUCAACUGAACAUUUCUCUGCUGAUGUCUUCUGAUCUUUUACUCAGUAUGAGGACAAUUGUUGGUUUUAUUCUGUUAAUCCACCUGACAACUUCUAAGAGUAAUUCUCCCAGUAAUGUAGUUGCUGAAUGUAAUCAGACAUGGAAUCAUGCACCUUCUGAUUUUAUAAGGGAACAUACGUUCAACCCUUCACCCUUACACAGUCUGUCUCUGAAAGUGAAUGAAUGUGAAAACUCUCUCUCUAUCAACUGGUCGGUUAACAUUGAUGGCAGCAUCCAAAGCCUUGAAAGAACAUGGAUAAAAGUGUUGGAUCCUCUUGAUUUAAAAUAUAUAUGUAAAUACCAGCCUCCAUUUACCUCAGAGCAGAAUAAUCUCACUGGAAUACAGCAGUUACAUUUCAGUUUGACUGUUGAAAAUGUUUCUGUUGAUCCUGAAACCGAGUAUAAUGUCCUUGGCUAUAAUCUUCCCCCUCCACCCAGUGAAUCACCAGGGGAUUACAUGAAGAGAAGCGUUUAUGAAACUCAAGGAUGUGAAAUAAGAAAGAAACCAUUGUGCGAUCCAUGGGAUGCUAAUGUUUCUUCAAUCCUUUAUGAUGAAAAGAUAGCUGUGAAGUUUUUUACCACUUCAAUGACUGAUAGGUACCUCGUUGAACUCAGGGACGAAACUGAUAUAUUGAACUCUACUUUAAUAAAGGAGGUGGGAAAAGAAGAAAAGCUUAAAGUUGAACUGACAUACUCUGGGACCUGUAAAGACUUCAUGAUAUGGAUCAUCCCAUUCAUUGAAAACUGUGAGGAUUUACACUGUUGUACUGUUAAACAUGAAGUGAAGUGUACAAACAGCUCAGGACUGGCUGUCGCUGUUGCUGUUGGAUGUGUGCUAGUGUUUCUUCUUGUUGUGUUCGUCUGCUACUUCAUGCGUCGGAUGUUUGUAUGGGGUCACAGCAGUGGCUCAGAGCUCACCACAUGCGUUCAGGUGUUGGUUGUGUAUCCUGCAGUAGAUGGUGUAUUUCAGCACAAAGUGAUGCUCCUGGCAGAGUCAUUGCAGAGCUGUGGAGAUAUAAGAGUCGUGAUUGACACCUGGGACAGAGGAAGUUUAUCAGAACAAGGUCUAAUCCGCUGGCUUCACACGGAGGCUGAACUCGCUGACAAAAUUCUCUUCGUCUUACCACCUCAACAUCCACUUACUGAAGACAUAAAAGUGAAUCCACACCACACUGUUUCAGCCUCUGCCAGCAGUCUUUUCGCCUUGGCCCUUAACCUGGUUACCAGCUCAGCCCACGACCCACACAAGCUGGACAAGUUUUGGGUCAUCGACCUGGAGCAGAAUGAGGAGAAGAGGAAGGUGCCUGUUGAACUGAGAGGCUGUGGGAUGUUUGUUCUGCCUCGAGAUCAGCAGAAGCUUCAUCAGAAGAUCUCAAACCGAACAAACCUCCAGAGAUCAGUGCAGAUAAGAUGCUUCAAUAAUUUCCCAUGAAAUAAACCAGCUGGGGAAGUGAAACCAACCUUUACUGGAUCAGUACAGUAUUAGCACAGAACAAAGUCUUCAACUCUUUGCAUGAUAUGAGCAGAUGAGCACCAUACAGUAGUUGUGAAGGUCCAUACAAUACUAACAUUCAUCUUUAUUUUUAUUUCAAGCCAUUCUUUACUAUAUUGUGUAUCGCUCUGCAAUCUCUAGACAUAUAUUAUCUACAGUAUAAUACAUAAGCUAAUAAAUCAUUUCCAUAAAUCAAUCAGCUUCAUUUAUUUUGUAAUGAUCAUUAGCAAUUCAACACAGUUUUAGUAUAUAAGAUAAGUUUAGUCCUGCUAUAUGAGUGAAAACAAAAUUUCUUUAACAUGCUACAUCUGUUCUUCAGUAGCAAAGUUUGCAUCAUCACAAUUGUUUAAAAUCAAUAUGAAUAAACAAAAGGUCUAAUAUCACAAACACCAGACUAUUGGAUAGUUAAAGAUAAUAAUAUUGCUCACGACGUGAACAAUGAAUUUCGUUGAUAUUUUUGCUAUAUUUAUUGCUAUAGUUUUCAAUAUAGCUCUGAUAAAAAAUCCAACUGACAGGCAAAAUAAGGUUAAGCUACACCCCAAAAAGGCAGAUAGAAGACUGUACCAUUUUCAAACUUUUAACUUUUAAGUCAUAUACUGAUAUCCACAUGAUAAAGGGGUCUUAGCUGAACAUAAUAACAUCAAUGUUUAAAAUAUUUAAAUUUUAUUAAAGUGUAUUAUGAGGAAAAACCAAAGGCAUGACUGUGAUGCUGGUGCACAUCUUGUAUGUGAUGUAACAAAACAUGAAAUAUUUAUAAUAUGUAAUGAGAAUGUUUACAUGUAACAUAAGAUAAAGUAUUGUACAGACCCAAGUAAACAUUUUAAAAGCAGGUCUGUUGUCUGUGCCCAACUUUCUUUUUAUGGUAAUGAUGACCUUGGCACGUAAUUGCUCAAUUGCUAAUGUACAUUUAUUUUCCAGUACUACCAUUUAUGCUGUAUACCUGAUAAGCUUCGGUUUUAGUUAUGUACUGCCUUUAUUAAUGUGUAUCUACAUGAUUGCUAAUGUAUGGUAACCCAUAUUUGAAAAAAAAGCCUUUUACAUUAAAAUUUGUUU